UCUCUGGCGGUCGAGCUUUUGAGAAAUUUAAAGUGCCUUCUUUCUGCUCUUCAACCCUUUUAGUCUCGUACGAAGCAAGGAAACUGUCCUCUCAAGGUGCAACUCAAUUCUCCAAAAACAAGCAGCGCCGUUUGAAGGUCGCGUACCGAGGACCCCAAACCCCAUCGUUCGCUCUCAUACAGUUUGGAGAGCUUAUUGUUUGGGAUUAAGAUGGAUUAUUCUCUCGAGGAUUCUCAGAAUGCGGCUCCGGAUGCCCCUUCGGUGCAAGAAACUUCGAAGCUGAAUCCUGCGGCCAUCAAGGCCGAAGCCCAAACCGUCACAAAAAGACUGCAAAGCGAGCUUAUGCAGCUUAUGACGUCCCCUUCGCCAGGAAUCUCGGCUUUCCCCGAUGCAGACGGAAACUUGCUUUCUUGGACGGCUACCAUCAACGGUCCAGAGGAUACCCCAUAUGAGAAUCUGGUCUUCAAGCUCUCCUUUGGCUUCCCAACAAACUAUCCCUAUGCGCCUCCCACCGUCUUAUUCAAAACCCCUAUAUACCAUCCAAACGUCGACUUCUCUGGCCGUAUUUGCCUUGAUAUUCUCAAGGAAAAGUGGAGUGCCGUGUAUAACGUACAGAGUGUUCUGCUAAGUCUCCAAAGCCUGCUGGGUGAACCUAAUAAUGCGAGCCCGCUGAAUGGUCAGGCUGCCGAGUUGUGGGAUACGAAUCCAGAUGAGUUUAAGAAGCAUGUGCUCGCUCGACAUCGCGAUAUUGAGGACAUUGAAUAGUUCCAAUAAAGACGACGAUCAUAUGAUGAUAUGUGCAUAGGGCAGGGCUUUACAUUUUCUUUUGGCGUUUCGAGUGCUUCCAAGCGGCCGGGCGAGAGGCCUUCGGGGUUGUCCAAGGUCCUCAAUCAGCCCUAUGACGGAGUUUGCCUGGCAUGUCGGACUUUGGCUUCUCUUUUAUUGGAUUCGAAUUUUGCAUAAGGCUUGGUUAUAGCUUUGAAUAUCCAUUUUUGGUGGCACGAUGUUCUUUUGCGUUUCCUUCCAAACCUACCACAUGACGGCUGCACAUUCCUUACUUGAUAGCACAACAUAUUAGCUUGGAUCAUGGCAAGACAGGAGUCAGAAGCCUUUUUUUCGUUAGUCUCUCAAACACUAAGCAAAUGUGAUAAGUAUUACUUUGGAGACUUAUCCGAUG